AUGUCAAAUUGUGGAACUCCUUUGUGUCUAACUCCAUAAAAGAAUAAAGAAGUGAAGAGACGGAAUGUGUUAUUGAAUGUCCCUGAUGAGAUGAUAAACUACACUCCUUUGGAAUAGAUUACACUGCCAAAGAAUUAAAGGAUCAGAUAAUCAUUUUCUAAAUUUUUAUGUGGAAAUAUUGAUGAGAAGGAAUUUGUCAGAUUCAAAUGUUUCCCUUAGAGCAUCAAUUAGCCAAUAUAAUAAACAAAGAAGAUCAGAAAUAGACAUGAAGAUUAUACAAUAUAAUUGAAGAGAUAAGCUGCUAAAGAGAGAGCCAAAUAGAGAUGGAAACGAUUGGCAGAAGUGGUACAAUAAAAUAUUUAAUUAAGAAGAUAAAGUGAUUCUAAUUAUUAAUCAAAGAUAUUGAGUAGAAUAGAAUUGGGAAUGAAAAUUUAAAAUUAAUUGGCAGAACAAUCAGCAACAAUCGAAGAUUUAAAGAGUUAUAAAUUAUAGACAAUGUUGGUAUUAAAGGAGAAGAAGAAAAAAUAGAAUUAAUCAUGUUUUAUAUCACCAAAGCAUUAUUAAUUUGAAUUGCAAGAACUAUUCAAAGAAUAAAGUGAUCAAUAUUUGUACAUUUACCAUAAGAACCUGCCAAACACAUCAAAAUUAUCAGAAAAGGAUUAUAAUCAAUUACUUGACACUUAUCUACAUAAGAAAUAAUUAUUUGAUCAAUAUUUAGAGUAAAAGAAACAAAGGAAACUUGUCAAAUGGAAACCAAUGACAAGUACAAGUACGUUUUACAGUACAUCAAUGAGUUGUUAAUCGAAUGGAUUAAAGAGAGAGUCUCCAUUGAUGAGAUUGCAAAAAAACCCUCUGGAAUAGUAGUAAUAAUAGAGAUAGACAGAAUACUUUUUAGUCAAUCAAAUUAAUGAGGUUUCUAAUCCAAAAAUGGCAACAAGUAUAGUUUCCAAAAAACAUUAGAGACCACAAAAUACAAAAGAUAAAUUAAAAGGAAUUGUUAAACAUAAUAGAAUUAAAUCAAUGGACUAUGCAGAGAAUGAUGAUGAUGAUGGUUUGAACAUGUCUAAUGCAUCGAUCACUGAAGCAUUACUAGACUAAUUGUAUUUGGGAUCAUAGAAGUUAUAAUCAAAACUGAAAUAGCAGAAUGUUGUUCAAAAAAGAGUGAGAGACAUUCUCAGACUUUAAGAAAUGAAAGUUAAUACAAUCAAUGCUAAUUAUUAAAAGCUAAACAAAUACUAAUAAAAACAUUAAUGA